UUCGAUAACCUCCCCCCCUCUCCGCUUACGGUGCCUGCCGCUGCUCGUCUCAUUUUCUGCCCGGCGUCGGAACCGAGGGACCGACGAAUUCCGAGCAGCCAGUACUCCACGAGCGCUGAUUUUAAGCGCUGUCCGGCCACCGACGCGGCACCAAAGUUUUCGGCGACGCUGUCCCGUUCCAGGAGACCGCAUUUCGUCCUCGGUCCUGCCACGUGUAGCGUCAAACAGCGGUUUUAAUGCUUCAUCAGCCACCCACCGACCUUCUGGAUGAGGAUAUUGCACUCAUGGAAUCCUUAAGUGAUCACAACUAUAACAGAGUGCUGCCGAAUUUUAGCGGUAUGCUUGACAACGCCGGUGAUGUCUCACUGGCGGAUCGUCGACCCCUCAGCCGACAAUUCGAUAACGCAACUGAGGACUGCCUUAAUUUUAAUGGGCUCAGCAACUGUAGCCUCAGGAACAGUGUGCUGCCAGGCAGCACGGGAGCUUUGUCUAGCCUACUCUCUAUCUCUAACCCAGCCUACUUGGCGGCCUACCAGAAUGGCAACGGUCUGGGCUCUUUAUACUCCAGUGACAUGCGUCUCUCUGAAGCUUCUCUAAGUAGGCUACUAAGGCAGGGCAGUCUUCAAACCUCGCCUGUUGGCACAGGACCUCGGGCCAUCCGCUCUGCAUCGCCUUACACACCUUACAGCUAUCAAGGGAGCCCUUCUGCAGAGCGGUCUCUAGCCUAUGGAUGUGACCCAUUUCGAGAUUCCAGGAGCCUUUCCCCAGAUUCAGACUCCAGCGGUAACAGCUGUGGCACAGAUAUGAGCACCUUGUCAGAUCUCAUGAACUCCUUGGUAUUGACACCUAGCCCACGAGGCCACUCCCAUACGAAUGGCUUCGGUAUGCGCUCGGAGCUGGAUCUGCUCAGCAGCCCAUUUUCAUUUCUCACGGACCAGCGCUGGUCGCCUGCUGGCAGCCCUCCCAGUUCCAGUGUGGAGGAUGCGGACAACAUUGAGAAGGCGGCUAAGCUGCACAGAUCUGCUGCGAGUUUCUCAGAGGCCAGUUGUUGCUGGAGUGGGACCUUGCCUCCACGCACUCUCAAGAGCUCGUCUUUGUCAUGCAAGGUGUUCCUCGGAGGAGUGCCCUGGGACAUAUCUGAGCCUGGCCUCGUAGAGGCUUUUGCCUCCUUCGGCAACAUCAAGGUGCAGUGGCCGAGCCGCGAGCGGAGCCAGAGCUUUCCCCCCAAGGCAGGCUACGUGUACAUCAUCUUUGAGAACGAAAAGCAGGUCAAGAUGCUGCUACGCUCGUGCAGUCAGGACUUCAUGAAUGGAGGCAACUGGUACUACAAGAUAUCAUCGCGCCGCAUGCGCUGCAAGGAGGUGCAAGUGAUCCCGUGGGUGCUGAGUGACAGCAACUAUGUGCGCUGCCCGUCUCAGCGGCUGGACCCGGGAAAGACUGUGUUUGUGGGAGCCCUGCACGGCAUGCUCAAUGCUCAGGGCCUGGCCCUUGUGAUGGAAGAACUCUUUGGGGGAGUCCUGUAUGCAGGGAUCGACACGGACAAGUACAAGUACCCAAUUGGGUCUGGCAGGGUGACGUUCAACAACCAGAAGAGCUAUCUCAAGGCUGUGGCAGCAUCGUUUGUGGAGAUCAAGACUCCCCGGUUUUCGAAAAAGGUACAAGUGGAUCCCUACCUGGAGGACUCCAUGUGCUCUUCGUGCCAGAAGCAGCCGGGUCCCAUCUUCUGCCGCGACAUGGUCUGCUUCCGCUACUACUGCCGUACCUGCUGGAAUUGGCACCACAAUGUUGAUGGAAUGCGCAGCCACAAGCCUCUCAUGCGCAACAAAGCCAACACACGCUGAGCCACAUCCCUCCAAAUGUAUAACCCCGGCAGCCCAUAAUUCUUAGGAAGCAGCCUCCUUGCUCGAGCAUUUUCCCCUAUUCAGCGUGAUCCCUGUUGUUUGUUUUAACCUUACGCUAUUGUUGUUUGUGCACAUACUUCUCCCACUGUUACUUUUCCUUCUUCCGAAAGCUGUUGUUUUAACCCCUUUGCUCUUACAUGUUUUCUGUUAUCAUCCCGCCUUUUCACUCUCCGAUUAAGAUUACUGGAGAGGCAGGAGGGAAGGUUUUUCCCUCCUGUUUUCUAAGCUGUGUGCACUGGUUGUUAUGCGUGGUUGUUAGAUCGUUUUUCCUUGCCUUUGUUAGAUAACUAAAAAAAGAGUGCUUUACCUUAUUGUUUUGUGCAAGAAACAGGGGCAAGUGUCCCAUACGUUCAUCCUCUCUGCUGCUGCUGUGCCUUUAUUUUCGUGUCUGCGGAUGCUUUUCCCUUUUGUGUGUCGCCCUUUGCUAGUACAGAGUACUAACAUUGAAAAAAAAUAUAUAUAAUCUUGCCCCAGGGGAGGCUAAUACGCACUGGCAGGGUGGAUGUUCGUUGUUGCUCUUGUGCCUUUUUUUUUUUUUCCUAUUGCUAGUCCUUUUUUAUGCUCUUUGGAGGUUGUUUGCCUACACCAGCACCUCUUGUGUACCUUGUCUUUUUUUUUUCUGCUCGAACAAGUGUUUUUAUUUACACAGGGGCAAUCUUUUUCUCAAAAGCCCUUUAGUCCACAAAGUGCUGCGAUAACGUGAUUUUUUUUACUAGAGUUUUUCGGGGGAAUAUUUAUUAGUUUUACCUGUACAGAUGGCAUACAUGGGCAAGGAUUUAAAAUCCAGUGAUUGCCUUUUGUAGUUCUUAAGCCCAUUUUAAUACCACUCCCCCUGGCUCUGCUCUUACGACCUUUCUUACAUACGUGCCCUUUUUUUGUACAUCCUCCACCGCUAGCACAUUCUACUAGUCAAGCCUUUUUGUCUAUUUUUAAACAUUUGAAGCUGUUCUUUAUGUAAAACAAAUACAGACAUCAUUGUCAUUGUAGUCUACUGCAUUUCUAUGCUGUUAUGAACAGUUCCUGUGAAUGCCUUAAAUAUUUCCAGGUGCAAAGUUUUAAUGGCUCAGCUGUUGUUGGGCAAAUAGGGUGCUUGAAGGUUGAGGUACUUUUUUUUUUUUCUUAGAAUAGUGAGAAACACCGGUAGCUCUGUACGGAUUUGACUACGGAAUGGAUCACGGACCAAAUUUCUCAAAUGCAAUUGGAGGCUUUAAAGCCAUCUCCUACUGCAUUGAAGUUUGGGAUCUGCAAAUUUUUGAUGUUUUUGUGCAUUGGGAACAUCGAGACCAAUGUUUCAUUUUUUUCUGUAAUCCUACGAAAAAUAAAUUCCUGCAUAUGCAUUUGAA